AUGGCGCCGAUUCCCAUCACCAUCAUCACCGGCUUCCUCGGUUCCGGUAAGACGACGCUGAUCCUCAACCUCCUCCCCCAGCUCAAGGCCGCAAACCCGUCGUAUAAGCUCGCCCUCCUAAAGAACGAGUUCGGUGACCUGGCAGUCGACUCACAGCUGGCCUCCUCCAACGCCAUCUCGGGCGUGCAGGAGCUCCUCAACGGCUGCAUCUGCUGCAACCUCGUCGGCCAGCUGAGUGUCGCCCUCGCCGAGUUGCACUCGACCGUCCGCCCGGAUCGCAUUGUAAUCGAGACAAGUGGCUCCGCCUUCCCCGCAACCCUGGCCCUCGAGGUCAAUCGCCUCGCCCGCGAGACGGGCAACUAUACCCUCGACGGAGUCGUCAGUGUCAUCGAUACGGAGAACUGGAAGGGCUACGAGGACACAAGCUACACGGCGCGCAUCCAAGCCAAGUAUACGGACCUGAUCGUCUUCAACAAGUGGGAGCUGUGUUCCGAGGACCGCUUUGAUGAGGUCCUCGACCGGGUUGGCGAUCUUGAGGUCGACAUCCCGUGGGUCAAGAGCAAGAAGGGCUGGGUUGGCGCCGACCUCGUCUUUGGCGUAGAUGGCGGUCUCGCCCAGGGCUUGACGGAGGACCACGCACACGAUCACGACCACAAGGGAGAUUACCACUCGCACGACCACCAGACAGAGGUCGAGGUUUUGUCGGUUGAGCUAAAAGGGCCCAAAGAUGCUGCCGUCAACGCGGACAAGCUGCAGAGCCUCCUGCGCGCGGCGCCGAAGGACGAGGUGUACCGUAUCAAGGCUGUUCUGACGGCGUCGUCGACCGUCAGAGACUCCGACGAAGACGCCCAGAUCCCCACACCGCCCCACCCCAAGUCGCGGUAUAUCCUCAACUGGGCGUUUGGCCGCUGGACAUUCACCCCUCUUACGGAGGGCAGUGCCGAGCACGUUUCCAGUCAAGGGACUCUUCUGCGUAUGACGAUGAUUCUAGGGCGGUAUGAGAGCAACAAGUGGAAGAAGAAGCUCGAGACGGGCUCGUUCUUGGAGGUCGAGGGUGGCGAGGGCGAGUUGGUGGUUUCGAAGAUUCUAUGA